AUGAAAACAUAUCUGCCUGGAAUGAUAAUAGACUUGGAAACGUUACCUGCAUUUUCAAACGAAGGAAGCCAGUUGGGUGAUAAGAUGAUAUUCCAUCGUCUAUUUUGGGCUUUUCAACCAUGCAUCCAUGGUUUUGCGUAUUGCAAGCCAAUUGUUCAAGUCAACGGAACAUGGUUGUAUGGAAGGUACAAAGGGACAUUGUUGAUGGCUGUGGCGCAGGAUGGGAAUGGAUAUGCAUUGACGGAGUCAACGCACAACUACUAUAGAACCGAAAUUCGUCAGAUAAAUAGAGAUGCUUUGGAGUGGAUUGAAAAUAUCACCAGGGAGAAGUGGGCAAGGGCGUUUGAUAGAGGGCAACAAUGGGGACACAUGACGACUAACCUUGCAGAAGCAAUGAACUCUGUGCUAAAGGCAACCAGAAACCUUCCAAUAGCGUCUUUGUUUUCGGCCACAUAUUUUCGGAUGGGAGCAUUAUUUGGUCAACAUGGACAUGAAUGGACAAAGAGGUUGACAUCAGGCCAAACUUUUACAGACAAGUGUAUCAAGGGGAUGACUGAAGAAGUCAACAAAGCAAGCAGUCAUAAUGUUUAUCAGUUUGACCGGGAGAGGUUCUAUUUUAUGGUGGCCGAAAGAAUAAACCGCAACGAUGGUCGACCAACUGGUACUUACGGUGUUGAUCUGCGAAAAAGAACAUGUGAUUGCGGAAAAUUUAAAGCGUUCCAUUUGCCUUGCUCACAUGUGAUUGCAGCAUGUGAAAGUAUACGCCAAGACUACACCAUUCACAUACCCGACGUGUUCAAGAUUCAGCAUGUUUUUAAAGUCUACCAACAAAGCUUCCAGAUCCUCCCACAUCAAGACAAUUGGCCGCAAUAUAGAGGAGCUACUCUUUGUCAUGACGAAACUAUGCGUAGGAAAAAAAGAGGUCGCCCAAAUAGUACUCGGAUUCGAACUGAAAUGGACGACGUGGAAAAGGAAAAGAGAAUGUGUGGGAUAUGCCGUGAAGUAGGCCAUAUCCGAAGUAAAUGUCCAAAUGUAGCAGACCCGUCCAAUAGGCUUCGUUAA